ACGCACCGCCCACCACCACCACCACCUCCUCCUCUUUUUCUCUCCAUGCAUAUACAGGGCUGCCGCAGCCUUUGGCAGGUCGCCUCCGCCUACUCCCACUGACUUUACCUUCUUGGCUACCCGCAGGCCGCAGGCCGUGUCUCUAGAGAGGAAGGAGAAACCUCAGCGCCGCCACGACUUCCUCCUCGGGCCAUACCAUUUCGGCGGUCGUAUAAAUCCACACCACCCCGAGCACACAAAAGCUCUAGAGCUUUGCCUGCUUCACAGACCAACCAAACUAAAGCAGCGGUGGUCGCGUCGCCGCCGCGUACUCGCGUGCGUGCCAGGAAGACGAACCACCAGCCAGCCCAGGCCCCAGGCCAACACGCACGCCGUCGCUACCUGGCGAGGAAGGCUGCCUGCCUGAUGGUCCAGGACGAAGGCUCGUCGUCGUCGGUCACAUCGUCCCCGCUGCACAACUUCUCCACCAUGCCGCUCCACGCGUCGCCCGGCGGCGCGCCGGCCCCGACGCCGCCGUGGCUGGUGCGCGAGCUCCGCUCCGACGAGCGCGGGCUGUGCCUCAUCCACCUCCUCCUCAACUGCGCCGCGGCGGCGGGCGCGGGCCGCCUGGACGCCGCCAACGCCGCGCUGGAGCACAUCGCGUCGCUGGCGUCCCCCGACGGCGACGCCAUGCAGCGCGUGGCCGCCGCCUUCGCGGAGGCGCUGGCGCGGCGCGCCCUGCGCGCGUGGCCCGGGCUGUGCCGCGCGCUGCUGCUGCCCCGGGCCGGGCCCACGCCCGCCGAGCUCGCCGCCGCGCGCCGCCACUUCCUCGACCUCUGCCCGUUCCUCCGCCUCGCGGGCGCCGCCGCCAACCAGUCCGUGCUGGAGGCCAUGGAGUCGGAGAGGAUGGUGCACGUCGUCGACCUCGGCGGCGCCGACGCCGCGCAGUGGGUCGAGCUGCUGCACCUGCUGGCCGCGCGGCCCGAGGGCCCGCCGCACCUCCGCCUCACCGCCGUGCACGAGCACCGGGACGUGCUGACGCAGACGGCCGUGGCGCUGACCAAGGAGGCGGAGCGGCUGGACGUGCCGUUCCAGUUCAACCCCGUGGUGUCCCGGCUGGAGGCGCUGGACGUGGAGUCCCUCCGCGUGAAGACCGGCGAGGCGCUGGCCGUCACCUCCAGCCUGCAGCUGCACUGCCUCCUGGCAUCCGACGACGACUCCGGCAAGCACCACCAGGGCAGCGGGGACCACAAGAGGCAGCGGAGCCCGGAGUCCGGGGUGUCCCCGUCCACGUCGCGCGCGGACGCGUUCCUGGGCGCGCUGUGGGGCCUGUCGCCCAAGGUGGUGGUGGUGACGGAGCAGGAGGCGUCGCACAACGCGGCGCCGCUGACGGAGCGGUUCGUGGAGGCGCUCAACUACUACGCGGCGCUGUUCGACUGCCUGGAGUCGGCGGCGCCCCGCGGGUCGGUGGAGCGCGCGCGCGUCGAGCGCUGGCUCCUCGGGGAGGAGGUGAAGAACAUCGUGGCCUGCGACGGCGCGGACCGGCGGGAGCGGCACGAGCGCCUGGACCGCUGGGCGGCGCGGAUGGAGGGCGCCGGCUUCGCCCGCGUCCCGCUCAGCUACUACGCGCUGCUGCAGGCCCGGCGGGCGGCGCAGGGGCUGGGCUGCGACGGGUUCAAGGUGCGGGAGGAGAAGGGCGCCUUCUUCCUCUGCUGGCAGGAGCGCGCCAUCUUCUCCGUCUCCGCCUGGCGCGGCCGUCGCUUCGACUGAUGGAGGAACGCGUCGACGCCUUCCCGUAUUUGUGCGGAGGAGGAGACGGGCCGCCCGUCGUGGCGUUGCGCGUCAGGUGGCCGUCACGCACGUUGGGGCUUCUUUUGGUCGUUUUGUGUGUUCAGUUUACGCCGUAUCUAGUUAGAUUUCAAUCAGGUUUGUUCAUAGUGUACCCCUGCCGCUCUCCAAUUUGGAUGGAUGGAAUCUCAUGCUUGUUUGGAUCA